AAUAACUUUAUCAAACUAAAAAUAUGACGUUAAAAUAUUUCCGCCCGAUGAGCGGCAUGAGGCUUCUAUCCAAUGGCGGCGAUUAAAUUUGUACUUGGAUCCUUUUUUAAUCCUGACCGGACGAAGAUGUUCGUCUCAGCCGGGUGGAGCGGCAUAACCAUAAGUAGGUCAUCUCAGAAUCUUCUCUACUCUCAGGAAAUGUUAUAGACACCGCGGCCAUCGAUAACAUCGAAACAUAAAGUUUAUGCUCUCCGUACUCGUGACUCUCUUGGAACUUUCGAACUUUGAAAAUGGAAGCAGGGGAUAGAAAGCCCCUAUCGACGUGUGUUCUUGGACGUUGCCCAGCUCCCAAGCUAGGAACGAUCUGUGAAUUUCUCAUCGCGUUGGUUUCCGCAACAGUAACCACUGUAUUUACUCUUCAUCAUGAGAAAAGACGAGUUCGCAAUUCCCCAAUCUAGAUUCUGAUAAGGGCUAAUGUUCAACAGCAGAUAAUCUCAAAUACAAACCAUAUGGGUUACACUUUCGACCCAGAAAAUUUUGGUAUCUUUUUAGAUCCAUCUCCAUUUUCGUUACUCGCAUCGUGUCUCCUUUUAGGUUGUUCGAUUUCUUCUUUCGCGCAUCGACGUCAGGGGCACGAUCAAUGCCAAUCGCUCAUUUUUGUGUUCGCCAUUCUUACGGCGACUACCAUAGGUUUUGCAUUAGGGAUAAAUGCCAAUCUCAUAAUGCUAGGAUUCAUUCCUUGGGCCCUGAUCUUUGCCAUGAUAUCCAGUGUGUUCAUCCAUUGGACCGUCAGACAUUAUAGCAAAGAUCGGAAACUGCCUCCUUUAUUCUUCCUUGAAAAUGGUGGAAAGUCCAUAACGAGUCAUUGGCUAUGAAACUCCACGGCUGCCCAUGUCCUUGAUGAUCAAAGUGUGUGCCCCUGAGUAACAAACUUAAAUUUAGGAUACUGUUGUUGACAUGAUAUUUCAUAGAUCGGUCCUGGUCCUUGAGUCAAUGCACGAUCCGCUAUCAGCAACAUACCCACGCAAACAUGGUUUGCCUCCAGACAUACCACGCAUCUGAGAACAACUAUGCAAGUAUUUUAAAGUCUAAAUCUUCUAUAACCAACGAUAUCACCACAAAUAUGCUUUACCAGGCAAGCAUUCUGCCACGAAUGGUCGCGAGAUUCGGGGGAUUUGCUAUAUUAGAGUAAUCGAAGUGGGAGCAUUGUACCAGUCGGAACCUAACCGAGUUGGGGAAUGAAUAAACAGGGACUUUCAGUAUAUUGGCCAUUGGAGUGUUUCUAUAUCUCAUUUGUAGACAUAUCUUUCGUCGAGGCGAAAUUGGACCAGUGGCUCAUAUUUUCAUUUUUAUUGUGCCCAAUCUGGAAAAGAUUCCGCAAACACAAGCAUGAUAUGCUGUUAGCUGUGAAAUGUUCCGAGGUAUGGAUUUUUCUGCUUACAGUGUAUUUGUUUUUCAUGAAUGGAUGCAACAUAACAAAAGUUCUCUUUUAUUUUUCCUUCAUGGCUGGAAGAUCGAAGAUUAGACCAACAUAGGGGAGGAAUAGAGUCGAGAACCUAAUCAAACGAUACGCGUGCGUUGCUUAGUUGCGGACGAUAUUUACAGCUGGAUGUUAGAGUAUUUUGUAGAUCUCGAAGCAAACAGAGAGAUAAGAAUGAUAGCGAGAGUUCCAGGCGACAACUUUACGGACGUUGACACUAUUCAACGAAAGUGGUUGACUUGGUUAUUGUACCCAGUACUUCUAUAAGU